GUAUUUUCUUAUUGAGCUCUUACAGGAGAGUGACACGUAAGAAGGCCUACAUAAGCUAAAAAAGGAAGUACACUUGUUAAUUACAUAAAUAUUUGCCAAGCAAAUAGGAUAAAAACUAUGCAGCAAUAGGGCACACUACGGUUGCAAGUCUGGAAAGGAAGACAGAUUGCCACUGAAAAUACAGGCAAGUAGUGUCACAGAGUAUUGAGUUGGCCACCAACCAUUUCAGCUAAAAGAUUGUUAUUGAUGAAAGGUGGAAACGGAAAAUAUUUCAACAUAGCAAAAGGUUCAUCUUUGAACUUGGUAGACUCUUACCAUUAAACUACAUCUAGAGCAGGCUUGAAUUGUUAGAAAACGACAGGUAAACAACAAAGCUUUUUCAAGAACUAAACAUGCAGAUUUUUAUGGUACAGAACCAUUAUAAGGAAAAAAAAAAGGUGCACCAACUAUUCUAGUGUGGAUUACAUGAAGUAUGCUAUAUAUAAAGGUCUAAAACAACUAGAAGCACAGUAGGACAGUAAAUUCAGGAUUCCGAAGAUGUGGCAACACUAGUAUCUGUAUCUUAGGCAAGAACAGUCUCACAUGACGUCUCACUGUAUGAAAACCUUGCUCAGCUAUUCCCGUGUUAGAAACAAACAUGUUAACGACGUAUUUGUCAUCAAAUGCUAGAGUCCAAUGCGCAUGCGGCAAGACAAGUCCAAACAGCAUCACAUAAAUUGCUAACCUUAACUUUCAAGCAGAACCAAUUCACUUUCUUGUCUCAGAUUUUUACAAGAAGCGUCAAUUGCACAGAAGAAAAAAAGAAUCCAACAUUUUGCAAUGCAUACCAAGUUGCUCCUGUUGCCAAUCUUGGCCUCUUUGCAGCUACUACCAGGCGCUGCCAAUGGCGCCACCGUGGACCCAAGCUGCCCACCGGCGACAUGCGGGAACCUGACUAUCACCUACCCAUUCUGGCUGGGCAGCCAGAACCAGUCGUCUUGCGGCCCACCGUCGUUCCAGCUCACGUGCAAUGACAGAGCAUCAGGUCCCUUCCUAAGAAACUCCUACAUCAAGGUCCUCGGCUUCGAUUAUGGCCGCCGCUCCCUCGUGGCCGUGCACGCCCUCCUCGCUGCCGAUGCUGCGUGCACCGUCAUGUUCAACGUGUCCUCCGCCUUCGCGAUCACUGACAGGUUCAGUAUCAGCCAGAGCAACCGGGAGCUCUAUGUGCUGUCCAGGUGCAGAGAGAGACUGCCACCGCCAGACGCUGUCCCGGUGACCAACUGCAGAGCCAACAGUAGUGGCAUGUACGCCUACCUUGGGGGAAGCUAUGGCACAGGCCAGACACCGGUGAACAAUGGUGGUUGCGAGCUUUCAGUGUUCCUGGUGCUUGGGUCCAGCAACGCCGCCGACAUGACAGCGGCAAAUUACAGACAGCUUAUAGCGGGCGGGUUUCUGUUGGAGUGGGAACCUGUUGGCGACUGCAACGCCUGCACAGCGAGCGGCGGGAGGUGCCGGUACGAUGCCAGCACAUCGGCGUUCGCAUGCCUUUGCUCGGAUGGUGGCAUGAGACCAUCGAUUUGCGAUGGUAAGAACAGGGGCAAGUUGGCUUUGAUAGUAUCUCUGUCUGCUGCGGCUGGCUUGGUUUUCGCCUUUCUUGCUUGGCUGAUGUACCGUCAGAGGCAAAAGUUCAGAUCAGCAAUCUGCGGAGUUUACUCUGGCAAUACGAAAAAUGAAGAAGAAAUGUUGAAAAAAUGUGAAUCUCUUGCUCUCAAAAGGUACAAGUACUCAGAGUUGAAGAAAAUAACUAAAUCAUUUGAAGAUAAUUUAGGAGAAGGUGGCUAUGGUGUAGUAUUCAAGGGAAGACUACAAAAUGGCAGAAUGGUUGCAGUGAAGAUCUUGACAGUAUCAAAAGGCAAUGGAGAGGAUUUCCUAAAUGAAGUUAUGAGCAUCAGUCGGACAUCUCAUGUUAACAUUGUCACUCUACUCGGUUUUUGUUUAGAGGGACCAAAGCGAGCGCUUGUCUACGAGUACAUGCCUAAUGGUUCUUUGAAGAAUUACAUUCAUUCAGAAAGUUCAAAUCUAGCUACAGGAUGGGAGAUGCUGCUAAAAAUUGUGAUCGGCAUCGCACGAGGACUGGAGUAUCUGCACCAGGGCUGCAACACCCGCAUCAUCCAUUUCGAUAUCAAGCCUCGCAACAUCCUUCUUGAUCAUGAGUUUUGUCCAAAAAUUGCAGAUUUUGGAUUAGCCAAGCUAUGCCACCUCAACGAGAGCAUCCUUUCGAUGGCGGAAGCGAGAGGAACCAUUGGUUUUAUUGCUCCAGAAGUAUUCUCCAGAGGAUUCGGAGUUGUGUCAACCAAAUCAGAUGUCUAUAGCUACGGGAUGCUGCUUUUGGAAAUAGUCAAAGUAAGAAAAAACAUAAAAGGAAUUGCAGAUAAUUUCAGUGAAACAUUUUUCCCACAUUGGGUUUAUGACAGUCUGGUGAGUGAGAUGCAAUGUUGUGAAACGGCAUAUGGAACCGAAGAGAUUGCAAGAAAGAUGACCAUAGUUGGACUGUGGUGCAUACAAAUGACACCUGAAACUCGUCCUUCGAUGAGCAGGGUCAUAGAGAUGUUGGAAAGGAGUAUCAGUGAACUAGAAAUGCCGCCCAAACCAUUCCUCUGCUCCCCCAUCCACUCAACGAAUGUUUCGUCUUAUAAAUCAGUCAAUUUUACGAUGUCUGCAUCAUCAUGAUAUGUUGAUAUGCUGCAUUAUGCUACUAUAUUUGUAGUUCUUGUUUUUUAGCUGAGCACUUGUAAUUAUUUUCAUUGUUAGUACCAUAUUAACAUCAAUGUAUAUAUACAUUCUAUUUGAAAAUCUAAGGAUGUAAGUACGGAUUCACGGUUAUGAA